AACCAAACACACCUUUAUGAGUAAAAAGGAAAGAAAACACCAUUUUUGUAUAGUAACAACAAUUUGCUGAGCCUCCAUGAAAGUUGCUCCAAAAAAACCUCACUUUUUCAAACCAAUUCUACCAGGCUUCAAAAAUGGACUUAAAAUUCCUAUAGGUUUCUUGAAGUAUCUGAAGGGAUACGAGCAUAUUAAACGUGCAGUUCUGAAAAGGGCUGGUAAAAAGUGGCUGGUGAAAGUGAAUGACCAGCUACUCAAAGCGGGUUGGAGAAAAUUUGCUAAGGAAAAUGAAUUGCAAUUGGGAGAUCUGUUGGUGUUCAGACAUGAAGGAAAUAUGGAAUUUGAGGUUACCAUCUUUGAUUCAAGUCAUUGUGACAGAGAAUAUGUAGAGUAUUUGCAAGGAGGAGGAGGAGGAGCGCGUACUAUCGAGGAAAUUUCGAAGAAAUUUGAAUUCAAAGAAGCCGCUACUGACGACCCUAUUGGCCAAUCUCAUGUUGUGUGCAUAGUUAGAUCCUAUUGCCUUUCAAAAAGCUACUUUCGCCUUCCUGGAGAAUUUUCAAGGGCAAAUGGUCUCAUCAACAAGAAAUGUCGACUGAUUAUUAGAGAUGAAAAACGAAGGUCAUGGAAUUUAAAGCUAUAUACCUCCACUUCUCAAGUCUAUAUUGGAGGUAAAUGGGCUGAAUUCCGUGAUGCAAAUGACAUAAAGGGGGGAGAUCAUAUAACGUUCGUGGUUGUUGCUAAUGGAAAAAGACCAAUAUGGAAUUUCUAUUCAAAUGGAACAGAAAAACCAGAGCACAAAUUCAUGUCAUCAUGCGAGGCUUUGCCCAAUGUAGAAGCUGCUAAGGACAUGCCUCUCUCUCACCCUCAUUUCAUUUGUACCAUGAAACCAUAUUACCUUUUGAAGUAUUCUCUGCGAGUUCCAGUCUCAUUUGCACGGUUACACGGUCUCAGAAACAGGAAAUGUACGAUAAUGAUAAGAGACAAGCAAUGGUCAUGGAGAUUUAGUCUAUAUGACGGUGGAGUAAACACCUAUAUUGGAGGCGAAUGGCGCAAGUUCUGCAUUGUGAAUUGCUUAAAGGAAGGAGAUUACUUAGUGUUUGAGAUACUCGCCAAAGGGGAGAAGCCAAUAUUGAAGUUUCACGAUUUGAGAGGAAAUGCAUCACUUCAGCCCAAAGGAAAGAAGAUCAAUUUGGAUGCUAAAAGUGUUUCCACUCAAGGAACAACAGGCCUUACUAUUAACACCUCGGACGUGACUGCUCCAAAAGCUCAAGUACCUCCUUCAACAUCUGCUAAUGAGGCUAACCCUCAUUUUAUUUCUAUUAUUAAACCUUAUUCCAUCAGCAAUCAUUUUCUGUAUAUUCCAUUAGCUUUUGCAAAAUCAAAUGGCUGGAUGAAUAGGCGUUGUAAGAUGAUUCUCAUGGAUGAACAAGGGAGAUCAUGGUCAGUUCGACUAGGGCCAAUCUCAGAUCAGCAGGUCGGUAUUCACAGGGGAUGGCAAAAAUUCAGAGAAGCAAAUGAUGUCCAAGUAGGAGAUACUUAUAGGUUUGAACUCAUCAACAACAAAGAAAUACCUGUAGCUUAUUUCCAUCGUAAAUAUUCUGGGAAGGAUGCCAAGCAAAACCCUUGACAAGUUAGUGAAGCAGGUGGUGAUGGGGAAGGGAAAGGAGCACUGAAGUGAUGCUUUGGAUAUACAACAUGUUGCCUAAUCUCAACAGAAGAUGUACCUUAAACAUUUUUUUUAAUAACU